CUCGUUCUGGGUCAAAGAAUUAAACGCUGAUUGCUUGAAUUCCCUCUACUCUCUUUGACGCAUCCAUUACUUACUUUCUCCCUACUCUGACACAUUACACAACAAUGGCCAGCACAGCAAUCGGAUUGCAGCUCGCAAAGCGUGCCAUAAUGACCAACCCUAUGCUUCACUCACAAAGGGCCAUGUCCACCGCUGUCACGAGAGAUAUCGACCAAAUCAAAGACGUUGCCGUUCAACCCAACAACAGUGCAGAAUAUGUCUUGUCGACGGUGGAUCGUGUCGUCAACUGGGCUCGCAAAGGUUCCAUUUGGCCCAUGACCUUUGGUUUGGCUUGCUGCGCUGUGGAAAUGAUGCAUUGUUCGACUCCUCGUUAUGAUCAGGAUCGUAUUGGUAUUGUUUUCCGUGCUUCUCCUCGUCAAUCCGAUGUCAUGAUUGUCGCCGGUACUUUGACCAACAAAAUGGCCCCUGCAUUGCGCAAAGUGUACGAUCAGAUGCCUGAACCUCGCUGGGUGAUUUCAAUGGGUAGCUGUGCCAACGGUGGUGGUUACUAUCACUAUUCUUACUCUGUGGUUCGCGGUUGUGAUCGCAUUGUUCCCGUUGAUAUUUAUGUUCCUGGAUGCCCCCCUACCGCCGAAGCUCUUUUGUACGGUAUCUUCCAAUUGCAAAAGAAGAUGACAAGAACCAAGAUCACCCAGCUUUGGUACCGAAAGUAAGCCGGUCUCACUUCCAAGAGGAGAUUCAAUAGAAUAUGUAAAAAAAGCAGAAUAAAAAAAAUCGACGCUAAAAUUUGAAGCUCAA